AACUGUCAGCUUUUCGUCAUACUGCGAACAACGUGUCUUGGAAUGUAUAGUUGAACUAGAGCGACGUCAUGUGACCAUACCAGCAUCAUGUGACCACACCAGCGUCAUGUGACUCUGAUUGUGUACAGUCGUAAAAAUGUGUUUUAUUAGUCUCAACGUAUAGCUGGUAAGAUACAAUAAUAGUAAUAGUAGAUAGUAUCUGUUAUUGGUGAUUACUGGUGAUUCGGAAUCUGGUGUUUUAUUUAGAUAGUUUAUACAUAAAUUAUCAUAUUUAUUCUUUCGUUUUCAUUUUCUGAAACAGGAAAGUGCAAGUCAGGUAAUACUGGAUUCGGGCGCUGUGCUGUUUCGGCUAUUUUAUUAUACGACGGCUGCUUUGCAUUGGCUGCACUUUUGAGUCGCUUUGACAUCGAAUAAGUGAAAAAGGAGCGAAUCGGUGUCCGCUAAGCUUUUUUGUAUUUCCUGUCGCCCUCAGUCCGCACUUACGUUGUUGACUGUAGGCAGCCAGCUAACCGGGCUGUUCGUGUCAACGGGGCAGCUCGGUACCUUCGUCUCGUUGAGAGUAACCUGAUAACUGCGGAAUGACGAACGAACACGGGUAGCUAGCUGACUUUCCCCCUGUAAUCGGAGAGUGGACGAUUCCACUAACUCGUAAGCCAUUUUAAAGGGAGUGCAACGUUUUGCUACAGUAUUCAAAACCCAACAUAUAUGACAGCCAGCUGUCUGGGGAAGCAAAGUGUUUGACUCGUACUUUCAGGUGUGCUAGAGGUGUGAAGUCAUGGCAGGUGCAAAUUUUCUGGGAAAGAUGAAGACCUUCUUUAAGAAGGAGCCCACUGAAUGGGACCUUAGCGACACGGCUAGUUUUGAUUUCUCACAUGACCGGACUGAGGAUGAUGACGAGGACACCCCCACAUUUAAGAAACUGAAAGUUGUCAUUUCUGGGGAGCCGGAUUGCCCAGCGGAGUCCCACGCCAAUGGCUCGCUGGUAAACACGGUGGUGGAUGAUGACGAGUCGCUCCUGGAUUCGUCGUCCCUCGGCGGCGGUCCGGGGGUGAUCUUAGACCCUUGUGCGAACUGCACGAAGAGGAAAGAGAAGGUGAAGCGGAGCAGGGUGAUGAAGAAGCUGGGCUGUGCUGCCCUGCUCUAUUUCCUUUUUAUGAUAGGCGAGCUCAUAGGUGGCUAUGUGGCCAAUAGCCUAGCGAUCAUGACCGAUGCGUUGCACAUGCUGACGGACCUUAUCGGUAUUCUUGUGUCCCUGCUUGCACUCUGGUUGUCCUCAAAACCCCCAACCCAAAGGUUCACUUUCGGAUUGCACCGUCUUGAGGUAGUCUCUGCCGCCAUCAGCGUGCUGCUGAUAUACAUCCUGACUGCCGUGCUUCUGAACGAGGCCGUCCAGAGGACCAUCCAUCAGGACUUUGACAUCGAUGGGGAUGUCAUGCUCAUUACCGCGGCAGUCGGUGUGGCCGUCAACCUAAUAAUGGGCUUCCUGUUGAACCAGUCGGGCCACGUCCAUUCCCAUGCUCACCAUCAGACCUCGGGGCAGACAGCGCACAGCCACGGGAGCCUGGCGGUCAGGGCGGCUUUCGUGCACGCCCUGGGGGACCUGGUGCAGAGCGUCGGCGUGCUCGUGGCAGCUUACGUCGUGCGCUUUAAGCCUGAAUACAAGAUCGCAGACCCGAUUUGCACGUAUAUCUUCUCAGUGCUUGUCCUGUUUACCACAGUAAAAAUAGUAAGAGACACUGGGAUCAUUGUACUUGAAGGGGUUCCACGGCAUUUGGACGUGACGCGCAUUAGAGAAGACCUGCUGAAACUGGCGGAGGUGCAUUCGGUGGAGGAUCUGAAUGUGUGGGCUUUGGCGCCGGACAAGACGGCCGCGCUGGUCCACUUGUCCCUGGUACCAUCCAGCAGUAACGACUGGGAGGAAGUUCAAGCGAAGGCGCGACAUCUGCUCACCAGCACGUACGGGAUCUCCAGGUCCACUAUCCAGCUGCAGCGUUACAGGGAGACGUCACACGUCACGUGCCUCAGCUGUCAGCUGACCUGAGUGCAUGGGAACUCUUCCGGACCUGUUCCCCCCCCGCCCCCCCCAACCAGUCAGGCCCAGCUGCUCACAGCUAGUUGCUGUUCCUGUGUUCUGCGGUGUUAAACUCAACAUGAUUUAUAAAGCGCACAAGAUGCAGUAGUUUUACUAAUGAUUGCCAAAGGACAUUGUUUUAAUGUUAAUUAAUGCACAUUCUGAGGCAGGAUUUCUCUGGUCUUUAAAAUCAAAUGUCUGCAUUUUUGAACAUACUGACAAAUGACAGCCUGAAUGCCUGUAAAGUCUGCACAAACGUACAAGUUAGAGUUUCUCUGUUUUUUGGACACAAUCAAAAGCAGUAUUUGAUGAACAUGCCAGAAAAUAUUAAACGAGGAUGGUGGACUCUUGACAGACUCUUUUAAAGACUGAUUUCCAGCUAUGUUUCCAUACUCUGAGACGUUCAACUGUCCCAGGUCCGGGUGGAUUUGUCAGUGACAAUGUGCAGGUCUGGGUGGGUUUCUCGGUGACUAUGCGCAGGUCCGGGUGGGUUUCUCGGUGACUAUGCGCAGGUCCGGGUGGGUUUCUCAGUGACUAUGCGCAGGUCCGGGUGGGUUUCUCAGUGACUGCGCAGGUCUGGGUGGGUUUCUCGGUGACGAUGCACAGGUCCGGGUGGGUUUCUCGGUGACUAUGCGCAGGUCCGGGUGGGUUUCUCGGUGGCGAUGCGCAGGUCCGGGUGGGUUUCUUGGUGGCGAUACGCACAUCGGGGUUGGUUUCUCGGUGACUAUGCGCAGGUCUGUGUGGGUUUCUCGGUGACGAUGCACAGGUCUGGGUGGGUUUCUUGGUGACUGCGCAGGUCCGGGUGGGUUUCUCGGUGGCGAUGCGCAAGUCCGGGUGGGUUUCUCGGUGACUAUGCACAGGUCUGGGUGGGUUUCUCGUUGACAAUGCGCAUAUCCAUCCCCGUGUCGGAUCCCUGUUGAGUUCGGCCAGCUUGUUAUCAGGAGGAGUGACACGUGUUUGCUUAUGUUUAAUAUUUUUGAAUAACAUGAACAGGGUAUAUUUGCAAUAAAAUUUAUGGUGUAGGAUAGAAAUAGUUUUUUUGUGGAUGAGCUUCCGUCUUCCAGGACGGUGCUCAAAACGCAGAUUUACCACAGCUCUCCACUGAAGGAGAUAACAUGCAUUUUUACUCACUCAACAUUCAAAAUAUACGUUUUUUUUUAAACUGCUGUAUGAAAACAUCCUGGACGAUACGUCCGUAAGCACUUAUGCACUCUGUAAACAUAACAGCAAUGUCGAUACACCAAGCAUAGAUAUAUUACAUUUUGAGAUACUUGGCAGUGUUGUAUGUAACAGGUUGUUAAACCUGAGUAUAUACUUAAAUGAAAAAGUAUAUAGAAAACUUGUCAUCCUAACCAUUGUGAAGACUGGCUUUUCUUUGGUUUUCUUUUUGCAAACUUAAACGUUUUUCAUUAUCUACCAUAAGAAACAAAAUGAGUCCUGUUUGAGAUUCAUAAUGCAGUUUGAAUGUUACUACUUUAAAGUUUAUGUUUAUUCUAAGAAAUAUUCAUGUUGACAUUUGUGUUAUUCUGCCUUUUUUGCAUAAAUACAACUGACAUACCGCUGAGCAUAGAAAUGAAGACUGUGAUAAGUAAUUUGAAAUAAAUGUUUUUUUUUCCAUA